AUGGAUCCAUAUAGAACUCAAAAACGUAGUUCUAUCUCUUUUGGUAGCUACCAUAGACAGAAUAACCAGAAUAGUUAUUUCACUACUCAACAGUUUCCUGGUGGCUCAAAUGUUUUUCAACCUAAUAGUGGAGGUGGAGGUGGAGGUACUUUGAAUUCUCCAAGUUCCACCUAUUCUACUUCAAGAUCACCAAUGUAUUCUCCAUUGAAUUACUCACAACCGAUGUUACAGGGUGGUUAUUCUCAAUUGAAUCAAUUUAGAGGACCUACCUCAAUGGGCACUACAUCAAACUCUGCAGUUUGUGAAUUCGAAUCACCAAGACCUCUGUAUGCCUUAGAUUGGAGUUCUGAUGAUAACGUAUGUUUAGGUUCGUAUAAAGAAGAUACAUUAAACAAGUUACAAGUGAUCCAUUCUUCAGAUAUGUUAUCAUGGGAUAAAGUAGCUGAACAUAAUAUAAUAUACCCAGUAAGCAAUAUUCAAUGGUUACCUUCUGUUCAGCAACCAAGAAAAUUCGCUACUAGCUCUGACUCUCUGAGAAUAUGGUCCUUAAAUGAAGAAGACAGUAGUUUGACAGAACAGGUUAAUCUAUCCCUUUGUAAAUAUAACGAUCAACAUCACAGUUUGUCAAAAAACACUACAUCCAGUAGUGAUAUAUUGGGACAAUUUCCUCCUGUAACUUCCUUCCAUUGGAAUCCAAUAGAUACGAAUUUGUUAAUCUCAAGUUCAAUAGAUACAACUUGUAUUGUCUGGGAUUUACAAAGUAGUAAUUAUGUUAGAACUCAGUUAAUUGCCCAUGAUAGUGAAGUGUUUGACGUAAAAUUUUUAGCACAUUCAACUCAAUUAUUUGCAAGUUGUGGUGGUGAUGGUAGUGUAAGAGUCUUCGAUUUAAGAUCAUUAGCUCAUAGUACAAUCAUUUAUGAAUCAAAUUCAGAUCAAAAUGGUUCCGAUACGCUAACUGAUAAUGAAAAAUCACCAAGUGCAUUGUUACGUUUACAACCUUCUCCUAGUGAUCCUAAUGUUAUGGCAACAUUUGCCUUAGAUUCUAAGUCAAUCUUAAUCUUGGAUAUGAGAAACCCUGGCUCUCCAGUAUUGACAUUAGAAGGUCAUUCAGCUGCUGUUAACCAAAUUAAAUGGCAUCCUAAAAAAUCAAACGUACUACUUUCAUGCGGUGACGAUUGUCAAGUGCUAUACUGGGAUUUGAACGAAUGGCUUUCACCAACUUCUCUAUCUGCAAAUGAAAAUAAAGUUAAUGCCAAUGAUGGUCCAAUAUCUGGUCAACAAAUAAAUGCGCCUGUAUCACAAUGGAAUCAAUCCAACGUUCAAAAUGUACUUGAUGUCCCAGCCAUGUGUUAUUCUAAUAGACAACAAGAGAUUAAUAAUAUUGCAUGGAGACCUCAUGGAGGUGAUUGGUUUGGGUGUGUAAGUGGUAAAAAGUUUCAAAACGUUAGAGCUGUUGUUUGA